AUGGCUGAAGACAUGCAGCAGGAUGCCAUCGAUUGCGCCACACAGGCCCUGGAGAAGUACAACAUUGAGAAGGACAUUGCCGCGUUCAUCAAGAAGGAGUUUGACAAGAAGUACAACCCCACUUGGCAUUGCGUGGUGGGUCGCAACUUUGGCUCGUACGUUACCCACGAGAC